CUGGAAAAUGGCGCAUUGUUGUUGCAAGGUAAUCGCGUUAGUUAGCCUAGCACACAGUUCGAUAAUGUAACUUUUGAUUAUUUUAUAACAAAUAUUUACAAUUUGCGUGCAUGGUACGAGUUCAAUCGCUAGCUAGCAUUAGCUUCUAUCACAACAACACAGAUUCUUUGUUUUCGCACAAGCGAUCUGAUCAUAAUGGGUUAUUUGAAGCUAAUAGAGAUCGAAAACUUCAAAUCUUACAAGGGCCGACAAAUCAUCGGCCCAUUUCACAAGUUCACUGCGAUAAUUGGGCCCAAUGGAUCCGGCAAGUCCAACCUCAUGGAUGCCAUCAGCUUUGUGCUUGCUGAGAAGACCAGUAACCUGCGUGUGAAGACUCUGAAGGACCUGAUCCACGGAGCUCCAGUGGGGAAACCAGCAGCCAACAGAGCGUUUGUGAGCAUGGUGUACCAUGAGGACAGUGGAGAAGAGCGCACCUUCACUAGAAUCAUCAUUGGCUCGUCGUCAGAGUACCGAAUCAACAGUAAGGUGGUGAAUCUGGCAGAGUACAGCGAGGAGCUGGAGAAACUAGGCAUCCUCAUCAAGGCCAGGAACUUCCUCGUCUUCCAGGGUGCUGUGGAGUCCAUAGCCAUGAAGAACCCUAAGGAGCGUACGGCUCUGUUUGAGGAGAUCUCCCGGUCUGGGGAGUUGGCUCAGGAGUACGACCGCAGGAAGAAGGAGAUGGUGACGGCUGAGGAGGACACACAGUUCAACUACCACCGCAAGAAAAACAUCGCUGCGGAACGCAAAGAGGCCAAGCAGGAGAAAGAGGAGGCUGAGCGUUACCAGCGUCUGAAGGACGAGGUGGUGAAAGCCCACGUCCAGAUGCAGCUGUUCAAACUGUAUCACAAUGAUGCUGAGAUCGAGAAGCUGAACCGCGAUCUGUCUCAACACAACAAGGGCAUUGACAAGGACCGCAAGAAGAUGGACCACGUGGAGGAGGAACUGAAGGAGAAGAAGAAAGAGCUGGGGAGGAUGAUGAGAGACCAACAGACUGUGGAGAAAGAGAUCAAGGAGAAGGACGCUGAGCUGAACCAAAAGCGACCCCAGUACAUCAAGGCCAAAGAAAACACCUCCCACAAGAUCAAAAAACUAGAAGCAGCCAAGAAGUCCCUCCAGAACGCCCAGAAGCUGUACAAGAAGAGGAAGGGGGACAUGGAUGAGUUGGAGAAAGAACAGGGGGCCGUGGAGAUGGCCCGGCAGGAGUUCGACGACCGAAUGGAGGAGGAGGCCCAGAGUCAGGGACAGGACCUCACACUGGAGGAAAAUCAGGUGAAGGUGUACCACCGUCUGAAAGAGGAGGCCAGUAAGCGGGCGGCCACUCUUGCCCAGGAGCUGGAGAAGUUCAACAGAGACCAGAAGGCAGAUCAGGAUCGCCUUGACCUGGAAGAGAGGAAGAAAGUGGAGACUGAGGCAAAGAUCAAGCAGAAGAUCCGUGAGAUAGAGGAGAACCAGAAGCGUAUUGAGAAGCUGGAGGACUACAUUACCACCAGCAAGCAGUCUCUGGAUGAACAGAAGAGAAUGGAGGAGGAGCUGACUGAGCAGGUGGAGGGGGCAAAGAACAGGAUCGACGAGAUCAACCUAGAACUCAAUCAGGUGAUGGAGCAGCUAGGAGACGCCAGGAUCGACAGACAGGAGAACAGCAGGCAGGCACGCAAAGCAGAGAUCAUGGACAGCAUCAAGAGACUGUACCCCGGAUCUGUGUACGGCCGUCUGAUCGACCUGUGUCAGCCCACUCAGAAGAAGUUUCAGAUCGCUGUGACCAAGGUGCUGGGCAAGAACAUGGACGCCAUUAUCGUGGACUCAGAGAAGACCGGUAGAGACUGUAUCCAGUACAUCAAAGAGCAGAGAGGAGAGCCGGAGACCUUCCUGCCACUCGACUAUUUGGAGGUGAAGCCUACAGAUGAGAAGCUGCGUGAGCUGCGUGGAGCCAAGCUGGUGAUCGAUGUGAUCCGCUACGAGCCGCCUCACAUUAAGAAGGCCCUGCAGUACGCCUGCGGUAACGCACUGAUCUGUGAGAACGUAGAGGACGCUCGACGCAUCGCCUUCGGAGGGCCCUACAGACACAAGACGGUGGCCCUGGACGGUACACUUUUCCAGAAGUCUGGUGUGAUCUCGGGUGGAGCCAGUGAUCUGAAGGCUAAGGCCAGGCGCUGGGAUGAGAAGGCUGUGGAUAAACUCAAGGACAAGAAGGAGAAACUCACUGAGGAACUCAAGGAGCAAAUGAAGGCUAAGAGGAAGGAGGCAGAGCUGCGUCAGGUCCAGUCUCAGGCCCACGGCCUCCAGAUGAGACUAAAAUACUCCCAGAGCGACCUGGAACAGACCAAGACCCGCCACCUCUCCCUCAACAUGCAGGAGAAGUCUAAGCUGGAGAGUGAGCUGGCUAACUUCUGCCCUCGCAUCAACGACAUCAAGAGGAUCAUCCAAUCCCGUGAGAAGGAGGUCAAUGAUCUGAGAGACCGUAUGAACGUUGUGGAAGACGAAGUGUUCAUCGAGUUCUGUAAGGAGAUCGGAGUCAGGAACAUCAGAGAGUUCGAGGAGGAGAAGGUCAAGAGGCAGAACGAGAUCGCAAAGAAACGGCUGGAGUUUGAGACCCAGAAGACUCGUCUGGGCAUCCAGCUGGACUAUGAGAAGAACCAGCUGAAGGAGGACCAAGAGAAGGUCAUGAUGUGGGAGCAGACCGUCAAGAAGGACGAGGCCGAGAUAGAGAGACUCAAGAAGGAGGAGCACCGCCACAUGAAGACCAUAGAUGAGACCAUGGCCCAGCUGCAGGACCUGAAGAACCAGCACCUCACCAAGAAGUCAGAGGUCAACGACAAGAACCACCAGAUGGAGGAGAUACGUAAGAAACUGGGAGGAGCCAACAAGGAGCUGACCCAGCUGCAGAAAGAGGUGACGGCCAUCGAGACCAAGCUGGAGCAGAAACGCAGCGACCGCCACAACCUGCUGCAGGCCUGUAAGAUGCAGGACAUCAGACUGCCGCUAUGCUCUGGGACCAUGGACGACAUCGGCCAGGGAGAGGGGAGCUCCCAGCAGGAGGAGUCUAGCAGCAGUCAGAGAACGUCCAGUACUGUCCUGGCUAAAGAGGCUCUCAUAGAGAUAGACUACAGCAUCCUGUCUGAAGACCUCAAGGACGCGCUGGCGGAGGAUGAGAUCAAAGGAGAGAUGCACACACUGCAGCAGCGGCUCAACGAGCAGCAGUCUAUACUGCAGAGGAUCAGCGCACCCAACAUGAAGGCCAUGGAGAAACUAGAGUCUGUCAGGGACAAGUUCCAGGAGACCAGCGAUGAGUUUGAGGCGGCCCGUAAGAGAGCCAAGAAGGCCAAGCAGGCGUUUGAGCAGAUCAAGAAGGAGAGGUUUGACCGCUUUAACGCCUGUUUUGAGGCUGUAUCCACCAACAUCGAUGAGAUCUACAAAGCCCUGUCACGCAACAGCUCUGCCCAGGCCUUCCUUGGGCCAGAGAACCCUGAGGAGCCUUACCUGGAUGGGAUCAAUUAUAACUGUGUGGCCCCUGGCAAGAGGUUCAGACCCAUGGACAACCUGUCUGGAGGGGAGAAGACUGUAGCCGCCCUGGCUCUGCUGUUUGCCAUACACAGCUACAAGCCUGCCCCAUUCUUCGUCCUGGAUGAGAUUGAUGCUGCUCUGGACAACACCAACAUCGGCAAGGUGGCCAACUACAUUAAGGACCAGUCAGUGAAUACUCAGGCUAUAGUGAUCUCUCUGAAGGAAGAGUUCUACACCAAGGCUGACUCGCUCAUCGGGGUCUAUCCAGAGCAAGGAGAUUGCGUCAUCAGCAAAGUACUAACCUUUGACCUGUCUGUGUACCAUGACGCCAACCCCAACCCCAAUGAGUAGAACCCCAACCAGCAGGACAUCACUCGGAGGAGAGGAGCGAAAUUAAACGACAGGCAUACCUUUUAACUCAUUGGCAUUUUGACAUUCUGCUUGGUCAACUGAACCAUGGUUGUAUUCCUUAGGGCAGGCAACUGAAAACGUUUUAAAACAUUUUGUAACUGUUAAGAGAAUUAUGUUCUCAAUGUUCAUAAACCAAUUCAAUCAAACUACUCAGUCUGCUAGAUCAGGAUUUGUAAGAUACUGAUUGAAAUGAAACAGACGGAGGCCCAGCUAAGAUAGUCAGUAAGGUUUAUUCACGGGAACGUUCUAAAGUCAAGAAUACAAAACAAUUCAUUUUAUACUGGCUUCUUUCUCACUCACACACAUUCACACAACCAUACGCACACAUAUUCACACUAACAUUAGCACACAAUGUCCUGCUACGCACACACAUUCACACUAACAGAAGGUAUCCUCUCCCAAAUCUCUAGUCAGGUCGGCGCCGAAUUUUGCUCAGACAGUCUGUGUUUAAAAUACCAUAAAG